AUGUUAGAACUAUCGUCGUUUAAUAUGCCGUGCCGUCAUAGGAUCUUAAGAAAUGCGACAUUCCUAGAACCCCACCUUCAAGGCGUGAGACGGCGUGACAGUCGGAGCUCGGAUUCAGACCACGACGAGCGCUCUACAGAAGAUGACGAAAAGUCCCUCAUUCGAAGUUCACCAAGAACCAGACCACACCCCCCACCGCCGCCAGACGAUGAACCGCCGCCGAUGAAACCGAGAGAGUUCUUUGAGAAACUACAGAGCCAAGCAAUGAGAGAGGCGCAAGAUAGAAAGCAGAGAAGAGAUAUAGCGAUCAAAGAAACGAACCAACUCUUCAGGCCGCUGGAUACAGAUGGGAGUUUGGGGGAUAGUUUGAGUCAGAGUCGCGAAAGCCUUUCAUCAGAUGGGGAAGGUGCGAAGGGAGACUGCUCAUCAGUCGGAUCCUCAGGGUCUGACUCCGAUGAACAGCCUCCGUGUGAUAUUGGACUGCUGGAAAGGUUGAUAAGGACUCAUCCGGUUUGGUUCCUGCCAGGGAUCCAGAGGGCUGGAGCAUUCCACCUUUUACAAGGAAAGGAGGAAGGGAAUUUCGUGGUACGCCAGUCGAGCCAGGCUGACACGAUGGCGAUAAGCGUGCGUCUGCCAGCUGACAAAGGUCCCUACAUCGAACACUACCUUAUCCAAGCCUCCGGCGGUCGAAUUGGCCUCGAGACUUCGACCAACCGUUUCGACAAUAUACCGGAGUUAAUAGCGCAUUAUUCUCAAUGUUGCGACGAAUUACCGGUCCAACUUCAGCUACCAAGGCCUCUGCGAGAAGCCAAGAGUAGACACCAACUUAGCUCCCUAGCGCUUCUUGGUCAAGAGUUCUGGGGAUACCCGAUGGCGAAUCCAAAGAAUAAUCCUGCCAAUCUCCUUUCACCGUGUCAGCUGGCUACUGGCAUCGUUCCAAUGGCUGUCACUCCUUCGGAGACUGGAUCUAGUCUGAGCAGUUUUAAUGCAAAUACCAAUUCGAAGGAGCGAAUAUUUAACGCUGAUAAGGAACAUAGCGAUAUGCUGAAAAUGUCUCCGGUAGAAACAUCAGGGUCGCCGCCAAGUCAAAGCUUAAGUACAUUCAAAGGAAAGACCCCACCAUCCCCACCGGCGAAACCGAAUGGGACAUUUGUACGGGCACCUAGACCCACCCCACCAAAUACAUUAAACCUUAUGUCUACUACCGCUCACAUAACACAGCCGCAUACAUUCCCAACGACAAACCCACCUCAAUUGUCACCCACACACCCUCACAAAUCCACGCCGCCCCCUCCUCCUCCCAGGUGGGCGAAACCUUUCUCAAAGAUCUCCUUAUCUCCGAAAUGCGACUCGCUGGCUUUUACUCCUAUUAACAAAGCGAAUGGAAACAUAACGGUUACAACUACGGUUACAUUUAGCGUGAAUAACACACAGAUACACAAUCACCAAAUAAACGAAAGUAUUCAGAGUGAUCGGUUGCAAUUAACGCUUGCGUCUAAUGCCAACAAUAAUGCCAACGUAUUCAGCAUGGACGGGAAGUCAGAAGCGAACGGAGACCAGAAUAUGUUGCACCGUUUAUCGCCAGAGGGGGAAUGCAUAAGUACAAUGACGGCUAGUUUACAUGGAAGCUUUAAAAGACAGAUAGAGAGUACUGAGCCAGGAUCUCCCAACGAAGGCUCACAGACGAACAACUCGGAUUCCGUAGACCCCGGUGUCAAUACAUUCACAAAAUCAACUAACAGCUUUGCUCCAAAUCAAUUAGUUUCACCGAAUGGUACUAAUUCUGUCACCAGUGGUAUAUUCUCGCCGACUAGUCAAAUAAAUUCACCAGUCUCUAAUGAUACUAUCUCAUCUAAAAGUGGAGUGUUUUCACCUCUCAGUCAGACUAAGAGCGAUGUUUUUUCCCCGCUAUCAAGAAGUUCUCCUAUAUCCAAUAAAAAUGUAUUUUCCCCAACUUCAAAUAAUUCUAUCACAUCAACCAUGAGUGCUAGGGAGAAGGUUUUAUCGCCGAAUACAAAUACCACGAGUACAACACCAUCUGGUAGAUCCAGGAGAAGUAAACACUCCCUACGUAAGGAGUCCAGACAUUAUCAGGAGUCUGAUAUCCUAGAAUCACCAGGAGUAUACUAUAGAAGUUCUUUAAUGGAUAAAGUCAGUGACUACGAAGAUAUAUGGGGACCGGAAGGCAACAAUUGUACUACUUUCAAACCUGUUAAGGCCGAGAACGAAAGUAAUGUUCAUAACGGCCUGAUGAAGAGCAAAAGACCAGAUUUAUUACCAGAUACAUUGCCUAAAUUAAAUGCAGCAAAAAGUACACAUUCCAUAAUGGAAAAAGAAAACAUGAUAAUAUUAGACUCAUCUGAAAGCCUAAACGAAAAGAGGAAUUUAUCUGACAACUCUUUAAAGAAAAGUUUCAAUGGUUCAAAUGAAAUAAUAGCAACUACAAACAGUAAAGGCGAUGUGAUACCAAAAAGACCGGAUAAACUUAACAUUGUUUCCAAUAUGAAUAAGAAAUUGACUGAAGAAAUCGAAGCUGCGCUUAAAAAUAGAGAACAUCAUACGACUGAAAGUAUGGAGACUGUUAAAAUAGAAGACGAAUGUAAGGAUUGCAAUGGAGAGGAAUCUGAAAAGGACAAUGCUGGUAGUCCAUUUUAUGCUGAUCCAGUUGAUACUUUAAAAGAGGCUGCAAUGCUACCAGUGCAGAGACGUAAGCUGUUAAGGGUUGGUGUUAGCCUUUCGCAAAGAUAUUCAGAGCCUCCAAGUCAAAAUCAUCCAUAUUAUCCCCUUCGUGACAUGCACAGUAUUGAAGAAUUAUCACCAUCUUCCCCAAACACAUCGACAUCAGUGGACAAUCUUGUGUCUCUUCGAAGUAAACCAAAAAUGAAAGCUGUUGAACCUCCGCGUCUUGGUGCAAAGCCUCCCAAUGGCAAAAAUGAACAAACAUGGGCUGUUGACUCUAGUUGGCAAUUUAUAAAUAAAAAUGAUGAUAGUACUGGUGAGAACGGCACCUUUCCUUCGCUAGCUGAACAAGAAUGUCGCCUAAGCGCAGUGGAUGAUGGUGCCUUGCAUCUCACAGUACAUCAAGUGGUUGCACAAAGGUUUCCCGACCUUCAUUUGACAUCAGAACCGACCAGUCUGCCGGAAGAGGUCAGAUCUCCGCCCCGUGCCUCAUGUUAUGACAAUGUACACGAUCUCAGACCAUUAUCCGAACAAGCCAGUGAUGAUGGCACCGUGUUCUCUGAACCAUGGGACAGCUCGCAGUGGGACGGUCUACUGCCCACAAAUGGACAUCACAAUUACGAAACAGAAGAAACCUGUGAAUGGGAGUCGCCACUCCCACGAAGGGGACCAGCAGCUGCAACACGCGCUAAGAGCUUCAGAGACCGACUAGACCCUCUGCUAGGUAAGGAAAAAUGA